GAUCAACCGUGUGGCACCCGAACUGCAGAGACAGCAGCAGAAACGAGGACAGUUACAUGGUCCGCAGACCAAAAACACCUUGUCUUGAUUUCUAUUUCCCCCCACAUGAACUGAAGCACACUAGAUCCUCAUCCGAAAGCUCCUGUUCCCGGCCAGGCUCAUGCACUCCAGGGAGUCCUGGUCGAACUAUCUGCGCAAAAGUAGAUAAUGAGAUCAUUGACUACCGAGACUUAGCAGCAAUUCCCAGAGUCAAGGCUAUAUAUGAAAUAGAGCACCCUGAUAUGAUGUCUUAUAAGUCUGUGAACGACAACUCAGCUGCUUUGGACAACAGGCAGAACAAGCAAAUCCCUGCAGAGUCACCAGGAAAUGUAUCUCAAACCACACAGGAGAGUUUUGAAGUGAGGAUGCGCACACCAACAUCUACAAGCUACGGAUCUACAGGGGUUAAUGCAACGUUAAAUCGUCAUAGCUACACUCCAACUCUGUCCAGAUCACCACAACACUUCCACCGGCCAGGAUUGAAGCUUACUCCCUCUUUAGUCUCUGGCAACACUGACACCACUUCCCCUUUAUGUUACCACUUUCUCCCUCACACCAAAGAUGAAGGCUUCAACAUGUACAGGAGGCCUCCAAUUUAUAAACAGCAAGAUCCAAAUUCCUCCACAUCCCAAACAUCCUCUUUGCCUGGAUAUGGUCGCAAUGGCCUCAAUCCGCCACGGUCAGCUGAUUUCUCCCAUUACAAUGGUGAAAGAUUCAGAGACAUUAAGCUAAUCCAUGACGGUCAACAUCCAUUAGCACGAAUGGACAGAAGAGCGUCUAUGCCUAAUUUUUUGGAACCAAAAGUCUAUCCCUAUGACAUGCUCAAGGUUGCUACUAGAGGACGAGUGAAGCUUCCCAAGGAUGUUGACAGAACAAGACUCGAGCGUCACUUAUCCCCGGAUUCAUUCUUUGAGAUCUUUGGCAUGGACAUUCAAGAAUUUGACACACUUCCACUAUGGAAGCGUAAUGACAUGAAGAAGAAGGCAAAUCUCUUCUAAAUGUUGCCUGAUGCAUGUUUUGACUCAUUGUUAAUAUGCAGUGUAUGUCCAGUUAUGAUGACCCUAUAUGUAAAAAAAUUUUUCCUAAGACCUAGAUAAAUGACGUGUUUGAGGACAUAAUACCUUGUUUCCCCUGGUUUCUUUAGGCUAUUGUAACGAAUCAUGUGAUUAAUACCUCAAAACAGAUAUGAACAUACGAACUCUCAUAGUCUUGGCUUUGGUAAUAGCCAUUAUUAACUUUCCUAAAUCAGCCCUGUCUUCCCUGGGUCACAUUCAUAUUGGGUGAUUCCACUGUGAAAAGUGGGAAGCAUAGAGAAAGUAACUUCUUCUUUGAUGCUAUAGACCAGAAACCCUAUCACUUAGAAAUGCUUGUGCAAAUCAUCGAAUCACGAUCAGUGACAAUAUUCAUGAGGAGAACUAAUUCUUUUUUUCCAGUUAUUUAUUCCUAAAAUAUCUGCACAUGGCAAACAAGAUGGAUACAUUUAGGCAUCCAAAACACCUUAGGGAUACAGUUUAAGGUCGAAUGACAAGAAUGUAUCAACAUGUAGUUAAUGCAUGAGAAAAUGUUAGAGCAGACUCUUAGGCCAAACAGCUAAAGCCUCACUAACAACAUCUCAUUAGUGUAUGUUUCUACUUGCCUUCUGAAACUGAAGAAUUAUCGACUUUAGAACAUACAGUUUAAGAGUGGUUAAGGUCAAAGACACUCUAAUUGUAAUUAAAAGCCUUUGUAGAGCAUUAUUAUUGCCCUUUCUGAAUAAUACCUCAUAUGAUACCUGAUCCCUUGACCCUGUACACAGGAUAAGCGGUUGACAAUGGAUGGAUGGAUGGAUGGAUGGAUGGAUGGAUGGAUGGAUGAUACCUGAUGUAUGGUGGAGUGUUUGGUUACAUAACCUUCAUCAACAUGUAAUUCUGAUACAAUAUAUUGACUUAUUCCCUCAAGAACUGGAUGCAUUUCACCCAUGUUUUCAUUGCUACUACUAUAUGAUUUUAUAUUUUUGUUACUCAGUUGAUACUCACUUUGCUGUCUCCUGGUUACACAAAUGUUUAAGCACAAAACUGAAAAGAGUUACUAAAUUGUCACUGAAAUGAAUUAAGAUGACUUGACACUGACUUAGAUGUGAUAAACAUCAAUGUGUAUGUUACCGUGAAUUGGCUGUCCCAGCACACCACCUCAAACACCCUGAAUAAAAUCAUUCAUACAAGUUGA